AUGGGAGACUACGGCGCCGCGGCUCCGCCCUUGCACUCUACUCCGGUAGAGAAUAACCCACCCCAGUCUUCGGCAUCUCCCAACGAGAUCUCCGUCCUGAUCACUGGCUUCGGACCCUUCAAAACCAACCUCGUGAAUGCUUCGUAUCUGAUCGCUUCCUCUCUUCCGUCAUCUUUCAAUUUCUCAUCGCCCGAUGACGCUACGCGUCGAGUCUCACUCCAUGUACACCCCACGCCCAUCACUGUGGCAUACUCUGCGGUUCGAGACACUUUACCCUUGAUUUUGGAAGAGUUUGCAGCCUCGAAUGGCGGUCGCAGACCUGAUCUUAUCAUCCACAUUGGUAUCGCAUCUCCGCGACCACAUUAUUCCGUCGAAACGCUAGCUCAUCGCGAUGACUAUCUAAUCACUGACGUUGACGGACGUGCGGGCUGGGAAGAUGGCGAGAAAAUAUGGAGGCAAAUGGGCCUUCCCCCCAUCUUAAUUCCCGGUCGUGCUACAGAAGACCCAUCAUCUAAAUCGUCCUACCAACCCGACGAGGAGUUCCUAGAUGUAUGGCGCUCGUUUGCUCCCAAUUCCAAUCUCCAAAUCUCGAAGGAUGCAGGUCACUACUUGUGUGACUUUAUAUUCUACACCAGCAUGUCAUUGGCUUUACAGCAGGGUCAUGACCGAAACAUACUCUUCCUCCAUGUUCCCGGGUCUUCCGAGGACGCGGAUAUUGAGCAAGGACGAGAGGUUGCACUUGGCCUGAUUAAGGCAAUGAUCCGAUGUUGGACCGACAAGAAGCAUACAUGA